UAUCCCUAUAUUUCCAUCCAAAAAAAACAACAACAAUUACGUCUCAAUUCCAAUUAUGGCUCGAGAAGAACAUCUUCUAUCGACGGAUAUUGUGAACCGGGGGAUAUCGGAUGAGGGAUCACAAACGUUCUCCGUUAGGGUACGGAGGCGUUUGCCCGAUUUCUUGCAAUCAGUUAACUUAAAAUAUGUGAAGUUAGGGUAUCAUUACUUGAUAAAACAUGGGAUAUAUUUGGCUAUAUUGCCAGUGUUGGUGUUGGUUUUCAGUGCUGAAGUUGGGAGUCUAAGUAGAGAGGAGUUGUGGAGGAAAGUUUGGGAUAGCACAACACGUUAUGAUUUGGCUACGGUGUUGUCAUUUGUGGCACUCUUUGUCUUCACUAUCUCUCUUUAUAUCAUGUCUAAGCCAAGACCUAUUUACCUUCUUGAUUUUGCAUGUUACAAGCCAAGUGAUGAUCUUAAGGUAACAAAGGAACAAUUCAUCGAGUUAGCACGGAAUUCGGGCAAAUUCAAUGAGUCUAGUCUCGAAUUUCAGAAAAGAAUUCUAGAAUCUUCUGGAAUUGGGGACGAGACUUACGUCCCCAAAUCCAUUGGAUCAUCAGAAAACACAGCCACCAUGAAAGAAGGACGAUUCGAGGCAUCAACGGUGAUGUUCGGAGCACUCGAUGAACUUUUCGAGAAGACGAAAAUUCGGCCGAAAGACGUCGGAGUAUUGGUGGUGAAUUGCAGUAUUUUCAACCCAACUCCAUCACUUUCAGCCAUGAUAAUAAAUCACUAUAAAAUGAGGGGAAAUAUUCUUAGUUUUAAUUUAGGUGGAAUGGGUUGUAGCGCUGGAAUAAUAGCGUUAGAUUUGGCACGUGACAUGUUACAAGCUAACCCUAAUAAUUACGCGGUCGUGGUUAGUGGUGAGAUGGUUGGAUAUAAUUGGUACCCCGGUAAAGAGCGGUCUAUGCUUAUUCCAAAUUGCUUUUUUCGAAUGGGUUGCUCCGCCCUCCUCCUCUCUAAUCGUCGUCGAGACUACCACCGUGCUAAGUACAGCCUCGAACACAUCGUGAGGACACAUAAAGCUUCCAAUGAUCGUGCAUUCAGGUGCAUUUACCAAGAAGAAGAUAGCCAACGUUACAAGGGGCUAAAGAUAAGCAAAGAUUUAGUAGAAGUUGGAGGAGAUGCAUUGAAGACUAAUAUUACUACAUUAGGACCUUUGGUUCUACCUUUAUCAGAACAACUAUUCUUCUUUGGAAACUUAGUUUGGAGGCACUUAUUUGGCAAUAAAAAUGCCAAAACAAAUAAUAACAACAAUAAAAAUUCCCAGCAGGCCAAUGAUAUUAAACCCUAUAUUCCAGACUACAAACUUGCCUUUGAGCACUUUUGUGUCUAUGCAGCCAGCAAAACUGUCCUUGAUGAGCUUCAAAGAAACCUAGAGUUGAGUGAGGAAAAUAUGGAAGCAUCACGUGCCACGCUCCAUCGAUUUGGUAACACGUCUAGUAGUAGCAUUUGGUACGAGUUGGCUUAUUUGGAGGCUAAGGAGAAAAUCAGAAGAGGCGAUCGUGUGUGGCAAAUUGCAUUUGGGUCAGGUUUUAAGUGUAACAGUGCGGUUUGGAAAGCUAUUCGUCGCGUUAAGAAGCCUUCAACGAAUCCUUGGCUUGGUUGCGUUGAUAGGUAUCCAGAGUCUCUCACACAAUAAACGUGAGUUUAAUUUUAUGAUCGAUUUGGAGUUGGGAGAUUCGAUGGGAAUUUAUGAAUGACUAUAUAAAUGUAUAGUCUAAGAGUAUUGAUAUUAUAAUUAAAUUAAGUUGAUUUAUGGAAAUUAAGGUACUUAUUUUAUUAGAAUAUUGAUCUCGAUCACAUGGAUUGUUAAUGAAAUUUAAGUGUUCCAAGUUUAACAAACAUAUGUUGAUCCCUUCUUUAAUUUCUUAUCGUCUAUAGUUUGGGACAUAAAUGUAUUACGAACAUUUUAUAUUGGUGAUAAAUAAAUAUUUAUGUAUUUGUAUUU